AUGGCAAAUAAAACAUUAAAAAAGAUAUUGAAACCAGGAGAGAGGAAAAAGAAACAAAAGUUGGCAGGAGCAAAUGCAGUAAAGAAACUGGUUGCCUAUAUAGAGACUAAUUGUCUAGAUUUGGAGGGUAUUUGUAGAAUUUCAGGUAAUGCAAUCAGAGUCAAGGAAUUGGCAAAACAAUUGGAAAAUGAGGAAGAUGUUGAUUUAUCAAAGAUUCCAGAUAAACAUACAGUUAGUGGAGCAUUGAAAAUGUUCCUAAGAGAGAUGGAUGAACCCAUUCUAACAUUUGAUUUGUACAAGAAUUUCCUUGGUGGUUAUGACAUUAGAGAUAGAAAUGCCAAGAUCUCAUUCUUUAAAUCAUUAUUAAGUGCAUUACCAAAAGACAAUUACGAUACUUUACAAUUAAUCCUUAAAUUAUUAUAUACUCUUCAAUUGUAUCAUGAAAAGAAUAAGAUGACAAGUGGAAAUUUGGCAAUUGUAUUUGCACCAACAUUACUUAGACCAAAGGAAGAAUCAUUAGAGACAAUGAUGAAUUCAACCAAUUAUACAACCGAGAUUGUCAAAUGUUUGAUCGAAGAAUUCAAUGUAUUGUUUGAAUUGAAUAAUACACCGAUCCUCUACAAACUAAAGUCAUCUGAAUUGAUUGGAAAAGAAAAGACAGUUCAAGAGCAAUUGGAAGAGGCCAAGGCCACCAUUGAAAGCCUAUUGAAACAAGCAAGUGAAGAGGCCAAUGAAAGAGCUGUUUUGGAAACCUAUGCAAAUCAAACAAACAAUAGAUUACAAGAGGAAAUUGAAUUAAGAAAAAUGACAAUCGAAGAAAAAGAAGGUUUAAGUGAAUUAUGUGAAGAAUUAAAGGAAAAGAGUAAAUCAGUUGAAGAAAAGAACAAAUUACAAUCACAAGAGAUUGAUGAAUUAAAAAAGAAAUUAGAGGAAACCAACAACAAACAAACCAAAUUGGAUACGGAAAGUACGUCAAAUUUAAUACCUUGUGUUUUGUUUUUCGCAGUUGCAUCAUCAUUUAUUGCUGCUCAUCAUUAUCUUGUUGGAGAAAUGAAUAAAUCAAAGGUUGAAAUUGAAUCACAAUGUAAAUUAUUAAAGGUUGAUUUGGAGAAACAAACAAAGAUGGUGGAAUUGGAAAAGAAAAAAGUCAAGGAAUUGGAGGAUCACGCCAAGGUCAACGAAAAUGAACAAAAGAAGAAAUCCAAGGAAUUAGAGGAUCAAAUUGUAUUAUUAAAAACCAGCGACAUUGAACAAAAAAAGAAAUCAAAGGAAUUGGAAGAUCAAAUGGUUUUGUUAAAAAAGGAAAAUACAACAAUCAUCACUUUGAAACAAGAGGCAGAAAAAUUAACAAGAGAAUCAAAAUUAAAAUCUGAUCAACUUUUACAAAUAACAAAAGAAAGAGAUGAUUUUAAAAUUCAAUUGGAUAAUAGUAAAAAUAAUAAUAAUAAUAAGAAAGGAUCGUCGUCAUCAUCAUCUUCACAACAAAAGGAAAUUGAUAAUUUAACAAAGAAAUUAAAAGAAUCUGAAACAAAGAAUGAAAAAUUGGAAAAGGAAUUAAAGGAAAAAGAUAAACAGUUGGCUGCUGCUCAUUCAAGUUCCACUUCGACCACGUCGACGACUGUUUCUUCGGCAAGUUUUGUAAUUGGUAAAAAGCCAGUCAAAGAUACCAAAAAGGAAACAAAAACCAAAGAGAAAGCACCUACACUACAAGACGAGGAUGAUAUCAUGUCGGUCAAACAAUUUGCAUUCUAUUGGAUGAUAACAUCUGUCAAAACAGAUGCUAUGCUCCAUGGUAAAAACUGUAAUAUUAUAUCAAGCGAAAUAUUUGAUGAACUUUUGGCAAAACGUACAAGAGUCAAUCAAUGGCAAGAAGUCAUUAACAAAAAGUUAAGUGAAUUAAAUUAA